AUGCACGCUCGCGAUUGGUUUAUGGUGUUUAUUUCCAUUUUUGUUCCUCCCAUCGCGGUAGGACUAAAGAGAGGUUUUUUCACAAAAGACACCUUGCUAAACUUGCUGUUGUUCAUUCUGGGUUACUUCCCCGGUCUGGUACAUGCGUUGUACAUUAUCAGCAAGCACCCAUACCCUAGCCGUCCAGGCGGUGGUUUGACACAUCCAAACGACGGCUACGGGUCUCUCAGCUGA